GCCAAACCCUACCUCCGCGACCGACGUCGGCGAUGAGCUCCUCCAACGGCAACGCCGGGAAGAAGCCGGCGCCGUCCGGCGGGCGCGGGGGCAUCCGCACCCUCGCCGACAUCAACCGCGGCCCCGCCGGAUUCCCCGGCGCGGGCGGCAGCGGCAGCGACUCCGACGAGCCCCAGGAGUACUACACCGGCGGCGAGAAGAGUGGGAUGAUUGUUCAAGAUCCAACAAAGAGAAAUAAUGUGGACUCAAUCUUUGAACAAGCGAGAGUAAUGGGUGCUCAGCAAGUUCCACUGCCUUCUUUUGAUGACCAAUCUUCCAGCUCAAGAAGCUUUACAGGAACGGGUCGACUGCUUUCUGGGGAUGUACAGACUGCACCAUCUGUUCCCGAACCACCUCAGGAUGUGCUUCACAAUAUACAUUUCUGGAACAAUGGAUUCACAAUUGAUGAUGGCCCACUAAGAGGCUAUGAUGACCCUGAAAAUGCAGACUUCAUUGAGAGCAUCAAGAAGUCGCAGUGCCCCCAGGAGCUGGAACCUGCUGAUCGAAGGACAUCAGUUCAUGUGAACGUUAUAAAACGAUAUGCAGAUUAUGAGGAACCUGCAAGGCCUCGAUCAUCUUUCCAGGGUGUUGGGAGAACCCUUGGUGGAUCUUCAACUGAUGAUAGUCCAGCACCAACUCCUGUCACGCAAGAGCCCAACAGUGCUCCCAGGUCAAUUAGCUUUGUUGUGGAUGACUCGCAGCCGUUUACAUCCAUACAGCUAAGGUUGGCGGAUGGCACUCGCAUGGUCGCCAGGUUUAACCUUCACCACACCGUGGCCGACAUCAGGGGUUUCAUCGAUGCAUCCCGGCCAGGAGCUGCUCGGCCCUAUCAGUUGCAGACUGGCUUCCCUCCAAAGCUGCUGACUGACUCUACGCAGACUGUUGAGCAAGCUGGUCUUAAGAACUCCGUUAUCAUGCAGAAGAUGUAGUGCUCUCACCAAGCUGGGACUUGUCGCACAGGAUGUCUUCCCGAGACAUAAACUCAGUACUGUUGAACGUUUUAUCAUGUCGCCAGACACUGCACUUGCAUGCAACCUGUAAUUUGCCAGAGUACUGGUCUGUCGAUAAACAUAUCCUCUUUUGAAGUCGUCAAUGAAGUCUAUGUUGGUACUCGUAACUACUAUGAAUACGUGGGUCUGUCGAAAUUAUGCAUGCCAGGUUAUCGAUCA